AUGGAACAACAAAUCCAGGCAACCGAAAAUUCCUUACGUCAGAUUAAUGUAAUUCAGAAUAUGUUUAUUGACAGGAGAAAUCGUAGGAAGCGUGAUUAUAACUUGCAGACUGAUGAGAUAGCAUCAAAAAAGGUGAGAUCAAUUCAUGAUAUUCCCGAAACCUCCUCCAGCAAUUACACUGGCACUGAGCAAGAGACUGAGGGCACUUCACCUUUCGAGGUCGACCUGGUAAAGUUCGAUGAAGCGUACUUGGAAUUGGAUCCCAAUCGCAUGUGGACGCUUAGGAGUGGUAGCAAAGUGGAAGAGGUUAUUUAUAAGUUUGCCAGAAAUUUGCCUGGAGAGACAUGUCUGCAUUCAUUUAUAAUAAAUGAUGCCAAAUCAUUAUUUUUCGAUGACGAAUGGAAAGAAAUUACAGCUUCAGAAGUUAAGGAUAAUUCAAAACUCGAACGUUCUCUUCGGGAAUUAAUGAAAAAAUACACAGUUAAAAGUGUUAAGGAAUUGCGAAAAAUUGUUUAUGAACAAUUUAUACCGGAUGGUAAUGAAUAUGAUCAAAGUCUUCAUAAUAAUCUCGAUUUUAUUAAUCAUGCAUACCGGAGCAUGUUAUUUUUGUGGCAGAAGGAAGAGAAUCCCUUUGACUCUUUGAAGUUAGAGGGAUGGUAUGAAAUGAACGUUUGGAGCCACUUGAUCGAUCUGGCAUUUCACGAUAUUAACAUCGAUUUAGUGCGUGGUGAGGGCAUGAGCAAUGCUUCAAGUGAUAGAAAGAAUCUUACGAGAACAAUAAAUUAUCGAAAGAAGAUUGGUCGAAAAGGUGAUGGAGUUUUUAGGUUGUGUAGUGAUCGCCUAGAGUUUGGUGCUAUAGAGGCAGGUCGUAAAUGGGAGGGGCAGAGUGGGACUAAAUACUCGAAUGAUUCCUUAAAAUUAUUUAAAAUGUUGGAAGAACAUGAUUGCACAACUCGCUACUAUAUGUGA